AUGGGAAACUUUUCGACCUACAAAAUAGUUCUCACAUUCUAUGCUUUAAUUAUUUUACAGAAAUUCACCUGUCAUUGCAAACCACAAUAUACUGGCACAUUGUGCAACGAACCGGUCGACGCGUGCAAACAGCGUAUUCAACAUCCGUAUUUGAUGAACGGUGGUCUACUUGCAGCCGGGGAUCGUGCUUGUAAUGUGAACGAGGAAGGCAAUUUAUGCUAUUCGUUCAUCAGUAACGAGGGUGAUGUGUACUAUAAGUGCAAGUGUGACGGACGCAAAUGGGGUCCGGAUCCGAAACUGCCAUACGAUAAUUGUUUGAAACGUCGUUCCCAAUGUGAUUCGAUUGUUUGCAUACACGGUAAAUGUGUGGCAAAUGAGCAUGGUGCACAGGUGAGCAAGAGCUACUUACUCAUUCGAUAG